AGUAAUUACAUAAGAGCACUUGGCGAGCAUCUGGCUGGAGUCAGCUGGGCCCUGCCGGCCCUCCCUCCCGCGCUGCUAACCAGGAGCAGCUGAGGAUACAGGGUACGGAUAACUCCGCGCGGGACCCCUGCGCAGGGGAGCGGAGGUCACCAUGGACAUAACCUACCUGCGCACAUCCCUGACCUUCCUUUUUCUCCCUCUUGUUGUGUUUGGAGCACCUGCUGAUGAACCCAACCUCACAGAACCAGGCCCUGGUGCUUGCAAGCGCUGUUGUGACUCACUGGACUCUUCCACAGAUACCCCACCAGUCCCUCCCAGCCACCACCACUUUCCCUACCCAGUGCCAGAGGUCCGUCCCUAUAUCAACAUCACCAUUCUGAAGGGAGAGAAAGGAGACCGGGGAGAGCCUGGGAUGCCAGGGAAAUGGGGCAAGGAGGGACCACGAGGUGAGCGGGGUGCCCAGGGCCAGAAAGGCAGUAAAGGACAGAUGGGCACAGCGGGAGACCCCUGCAAGCAUCAGUACGCUGCGUUCUCCGUUGGCCGCAAGAAGGCUCUGCACAGCAGCGAGGGCUUCCAGGUCUUGAUCUUUGACACCGUCUUCGUCAACCUCUACAGCCACUUCGACAUGUUCAAUGGCAAGUUCUACUGCUCAGUGGGCGGACUUUACUAUUUCAGCCUCAAUGUCCACACCUGGAACUUCAAGGAGACCUACAUGCACAUCAUGCACAACGAAGAAGAGGCAGUCAUCCUGUACGCCCAGCCCAGUGACCGCAGCAUCAUGCAGAGCCAGAGCCUCAUGCUGGAGCUCCAGGAAAAUGAUGAGAUCUGGGUGAGGCUCUACAAGCGGGAGCGGGAGAAUGCCAUUUACAGUGAUGAUGUCGAUGUGUACAUCACCUUCAGCGGGUACUUGGUCAAGCCCAGCAUUGAAUAACUGCCUCUCCUCUUCCCUGGGGCCUCUUAGGCCUUUUCCUUUUUCCUCUCUCUCCCUCUGUCUCUCUUUCUCUCUUUCUCUUUCUCUCUCUCUCUCUUUACUGCCCUAACCACUGCAAAUCACUUGGAAAUGGGCCUGUCCAAUCUCAGGCACUGAGUGUGAAACUUGCCACACUGGCUCCCACCUCACGCUCUCUUGUAGCCAGACCUGUAUCUGUCCACUUUACAUCAUGGCACUACCACCUCUUGCCCCUCACCUCAUAGUCCCAACUUAGGUUAUUGGCUUCUUCUCAAUCUGCCAGAGAGCUGCCUCUGGCAUUUAGGGUUCUAGAGCAAGAGGAAAGCCGCUCCUGGGCCCAUGUCCCUCCUUGGGGCUUCAUACACAAAGGACUCCUGUGGAAAGGGCUAGACAGUCCCCAGUGCUGAGGUACAUCCUGGCUCCUCUCCAUCCCAACUAGACAUGCCAGUUUUGCAGCCUGAAACAAGCUCUUAAUGUCACCUCUGAUAUCUGUAGUCAGGAGAGCAGACAGGGGUCCAAUGGUCUCCUGUAGCACAAGGAAGAUGUAGGAGCUGAGAGAGGAUAUUGUCUUUCCAAAAAGGAAACUGUUGGCCUUCUAAACUGGCUUUCCAUAGACACCCUUCUGUGUCACAGAGUCCGGGCUGGCUGACAAACCUAGACCUGGUGGGAUUGCCUCCUCUGUGCCAGUUCUAGCUCUUCAAAGAGAUGAAGGGUCAGACACCUGGCCAGACCCUCCAUGGGCAUCUGCCCAUGAUUCAGGAGAGUGACCAUUCUGUUCCCACUAGGGAUCAUCAGUACAGAACGAGAGAGAGGAAACCUUGAAAACCCCCCUCCCAUGCUUCCCCUGAGGUUCUGCUCAGUCCUGGCUCAUCAGCUAUGGGAAACUAGUCCAGAGAGAGUGCCCAAAUAUGCUCUCCUUUGGCAGAGCUGCCUUUUCAUUGUCCUCCUAAACGUGGUUCUCCCACACUGGUGUUGAAGGACCACUGUUUCAGGGUCUGAGCUCAAGGCUGUAGGGGUAAUUGCAAUUCAGUCAAUUCCAAGCCUGGACAGGCUGCCACUUCUUUGCCUCUGUGAUGGAACAGGGAUAGAGAUGAGACUACAGCACCUUGCUCAAGGGUUAAAAGCUUCCCUGCCUUAUGCUCCAUGCCCUUUUCUGGCAAUCUCAUCAGAGUAACUGAGAAAAGCACGUGGCUAAAACAAAGCCUCGCUCUUUUUGUCAGGUUGGGGAUGUCGCAGUGAGAAAGGAAUGCCAGUGGUAGGGUUUUCUAGUACUAUUUAUAUUGGUUUCACACUGCUCCCACUUGCAUCCCUCUGGAGGGGAUGCUGCAGUCCUGGGGGGAGCAGGUAAGGCUGGCUCAACACUUUAGGAAACCUACUUUCACGUGUCAUGAUGCUCCCAUGAACAGCAGUGCCAUGACUCUUUUUUGAGUCUCAGGGCAGGACAAGCAGGAGAAACACGAGUAUUUCUCCUCUGCUCAUCACUGAUCAGGAAAUCUUCAGACUUACCUGGCUUCUGCUGUCUCAUGAUGAGCCAUGGUCUCUGCCUGUAGCACCUGGGAGUACCAGGGCUCUCCCAAAAGAAAUGUGUGUUAUUGUACAAGAUUAGGUCUAGUACACACAACCUGGGAUAGCAAAGUAACAGGGACCAAGGCUGAGUAUUAAAACUGACCCUGAAAAACUUGCAGGGCAUUUUCUCUCUUAUCCAAUUUACUUACUCUCCAUGCUUUUAUAAGGAAACUGUGCAGACUGCAAUGAGUUUCAGGAACUUUGCUCUGGAUCCUCCCCACCACGGUCAAUGAGGCAAUGGGUAUAAAAACCAAAGUUUCAAUGAGGUAAGGCUGAUUUUUCACAGGGAAACAUGAUGAAGGGAUCAUGGGAACUAAAGGAGACUGUGGGUUUCUUCCUCUCCCUUAGCAGGUCAAGUGUGUGGAAUUGCUCAGAGACAGGACUUCAGAGGAAGAAGAGGAAGCAGAAAGAUGGAGGUGAUGCUCAGCACCGAAUCCCUUUCUCUCUUUCUCAGCAGACAAACCCAGACAUAGUCUAUUUACAGUGUAUAGUGCCCCAUGCCUCCCUGAAGAGAAGCAAGCCUCUAUAACACUGAAUAUCUCCAUCAACAAGCUUCCUUCUUUCUCCUUUGCUAUUUGGUGAUUGAAUGCUGGUGACAGGUCUCCUGUGCUACCCAUGAGCAGCCAGAGGGUGCCUGAUGCAUGUGAGAGAGGAGGGCAGGGGGACCAAAGGGUGUGUUUAACAGGCUUCUGGUGCUAAACAGGAUGGCAUUCUCUUGGUGCUAAAUCAGAUUUCAGGAGUAUCGGGUGCUUUGUGGAAAGUGUAGUAGGCUGAGUUGUGAUGUACUCUGGAAUUAAUGGUGCUUUAUGUAACAAAACCGGACAAACUCCAAGAACUUUUGUAUAUAUAUAUUUUUUCAGUGGUAUUAAACUUUUUUCCUUGGUUGUUUUGCACUUAAAUCUGUUCUUCUAUCCCAACCUAUUCAUUCUAGCUCUGGCAAUUGCUGAAUGAUGUGAUGGAAAAGACACUGACCUGAAAUUGCCAGGUACAAAGUCUA